AUGGCACCUAGUAGUUCCCCUCCCAAAUGUAGCUCUCCUCUUGCAAGUAGCUCUCCUCCUACUGCUACCAAUGGUCCUGCCCUUCAAAUUCACAAGUUUAGCAUGACAGCGCCAAGGAAGACCUUGGGUAACAGUGGUUGCCAGAAGCACACCAUUCCAUAUAGCUUAUUUCAAGGUGGCAUCUGUGACGAGGACUCAAUCCCACCUACAAAAAAAUUCAAGACCCUCCAAACUAUGUGGAACCAAACCUCUGUGCCAUCACCAGAUGUUGCAAUCUUGGUCAACAAAUGCAUGCUCAAACUUUCACAUAUCACUUGCUGGGCUAUUACCACAAGAAUGUGGUAUCAACAUCUUUGCUCCCAUGAACUAGAUCUCAUGAAGUCCAUCCUAGGGGAUGAACAGGACUUGGCCCAGGCACAUUUGAAGGUGGUUGAUGUGCAGAUUGGUUCUAUCCGCAACACCCUACAGGAUGUAGGAGUUGGGGUGAUAGGCAAGAAUGGUUGUAGAUUUGACCCUGGUGAUAAUGGGCCUUGGUGCAAAAGUUCAUCUGAUGACUCAGACUCAGAUAAGCCUAGGCCUGCUCCAUUGGUCCUCCAGGCUGGAUCUCAUUGGGAGAACCUACACUGGCUUGAAGCUUAUAACAAGCCUCAUGGGUUUGAAGAAGUAACCAUUUGUGCAACGUCAUCGAAGUGUGCAGUAGACCAAAUCUUUAUCAUCUCAUCAUCAUUCUUCCCUCACCCAAUGAAUGCUAUCGACCCUUCACAUCUUAGAGUGCCAGAUACUCUCAAAGCCUUUUCUACCAAACAAGCAGCUUUGAUUGGAGAUUAUUUGGAAAUCCAGGGGAGAUUGUCAUCCUACCAUCACAUCAUAAUCACUAUUAUUGAGAGUCACAAUGAAGGUUUUUGCACUAGCAGUCCCCAUGUCACUUAUGGUGGAAGUUCAAGGCACUCUGAUUCCGCAUCAGUAGUAUCAACCAGCUUGACAUCGGCGGCUGGCGCUAAUAGUAGUAUGGACCCGGAUAGAAAGCGGUUCAAGGAUUUCAACUCAAAUGAACAGGUUGCCCUCAUGUGGGCUAAAAGGUGCAUGAUUCUCAAUUCCGCUAUGACUACAGGCUGGCUGCGAAACAUCACCACAGCAGAAAAACGAGCUGUGAAUGACUAUAUUGUAGAGAUCAUCAAUCAGGCCAACCUGAAGUUUGGAUGUGGCAAGGUUAGCAAUCUGAUGCACUAUCCAUACACCGAUGAGCAGGAUGCAGUCAAUGAAGCAAUGUUGCUGGCAUUGUCAUCUGCCACCCAUGGGCCUGUGAUGGAAGCACAUAUGUUAAAUGUGCACCGAAGAGGCAUUGCCCUCCAUUGCUUGAUGGGUCUGGAAGCACCCACAAGUGUGAUAAGCCAUCUUCCAAUGGAGGAGGAUUUGUGA